AUGAGGCUGAAGAAGGGGAGGCGGAGGAGCAGUGGCGCUGCUGUGUGGUCCGUGAACGCGAAUGAGAAGCGAGGAGCGAACGGUCAGGAAAUCUUGGCGAUUGCAGGUACUUGGACGGAGGUAUGCUCCUGCAGCCUCCUGUUCUUCUUUCUCUGGUCCGGUAAUCCAACAACUAGGGGAUAUAACUGGAAAUUAUUUACCUCAAUCGAGAUUGAUUUUAUCUCGAUUUUGAUUCAAGAUCAAGAUUGUGUUCAUCAUCUUAUUAAAUUCGAUUUCUUCAAUGGUUUAUUUCUGUUCGAUUCAAGAAAUAUUCUGAUACAACUUGCACUUCACAAUCAUAAGUUGAAUUUUGUUUCGAAAAAGUCAAAAUUGGUGUUCAUAUUUCUAAAUCGAUAA